AUGGCAGGUUCAUCGGCAGCUUUUCUAUCGGAAGACGGAGCUUUUGCAGCUCAACUCAAUGGCAAAGACCUCAUCAUUCACCUCAAUCCCUUGUCUUCGGACUUUAAGGAGGUAGAAAUUGUUAAGCUCAAAGAGACACCGACUAGGUUUUUGAGAUUUUCGCGGCCAAAACAACUCGCUCAGUCAGAUACCACCAGCAGCGAAGAAGAGAGCGCAGGACGACGUAUCCUCUGUGCUAGUGAUACCCGUAUUCUGGUCUGGGACCUUCAUCCCCUGCAGCUGCACGCUGAGAUCGAAAACAUCGAAUCCGGUGCUCUGAAUAUUGACUUUGGAGCCGACGACAACGAGAUUAUUGUAUUCCAUGCGUGGAACACAAAGUUAACGAUCCAUUCGCUGGACAGUGGUCGAAGCCAGGUUAUCAAAUCUCCAAAGUUCUCACAUUUAAACGGCUUUGGCUUUCGACCGCGAACACGACAGUUGGCAAUCCUACUGAAGCCAGAAACGUCCGACUUGUUGACCAUCCAUGAAUAUCGGUCUUAUGAGCUUGUUAAUCGAGUCAACCUGCCGACGUCGGAUGCUCAGGGCUUGAAAUGGAGCCCCAAUGGAAACUGGAUCGCCGUCUGGGAUGCGGCAAGUGCGGGUACCAAACUCUUAAUAUAUACAGCAGAUGGAAACCUUUUUAGAACCUAUAAUGGCUCGCCUGAAUCGGAAAGUGCUUUUGACCUCGGGGUGAGAAGCAUAGAAUGGAGCCCAGCGGUUAGCCAAGGCGAUAUUUCGGACCUGUUAGCGGUCGGAAAAGUCGAUGGAACGAUAGACAUUCUGAAUACCAAGACGUUUUCUUGCUCCAUGACGCUCUCACAUGCAUUCCCAAUGGAUCAGCCCUCGCUAAGUGCCUGGCACGAGAGAUCUGUGACGGCAGAUGGGAGUCUUGGAUACACCGAGUUGCCAGCAUCUUCUGCCUUUAGCAUGAUUUCGGAGUCAAGCGGUCCACCUCGGGGCGCAUCAAUUAUGGCGUUCAGUGCCAACGGUGCUUUUCUCAGUACAGUCGAUCAGACGCGACCCAAUGUUGUCUGGGUCUGGGAUUUGAAAACAGAGCCCGGUCUCGUCUCAGUUCUACUUCAUGACCAUGCGGUCCGACAAAUCGUAUGGCACCCUUCGAGGACCGAGUUCCUUGUAACUACAUCUAAUAGCCUUGUCCCCGCUGUCCGAUAUUGGUCGCUUGACAGACACCCGUCAAUCAUCCCAAUCCCGAUUUCGCGAAGUGAAGGUGGAAGAUACGACGUAAGAUGGUUGCCUUCAAGUCAAGACGACGUGCUAGCUUUAUGGUUCGGAACGCUCGAAGAAUACGUCCUUGGCCAUUUCGAGUUGGAGGACGGCGCUCAGCAUUUUAAAGUAGCUUACAGCGUGAAUAACAAUUGGGCUAUUGUUGGAUAA